UUUUUCAGGAAAAGAGCCACGUCGAACGCACUGCUGGUGACUGAAUUCAAAAGAGAAGCUACAGGGAACUUUACUCAGAGCUCUGCUUACAACACAACAUCCACUCUAAGAUUCCGAGCAGCAGCAGUCUACAAACGAAACGUCACUGGAUCCCAGAACGACUGCGCGAAGUCAAAUGGCGGCUGCUCACAUCUUUGCAUCUAUUCCGAAGGUCAACCUCAAUGUCUUUGUGCCUACUCGUUGCUACAACCGGAUGGAUCUUGUGCCGUGAAUCCUGCGUUCCUUUCGUACUCCCAUAGUGGAGUUGUGGACUUUGUGAGCGUUUCGGAGAACACCACCGUACCUCGCGGUACACUUCGAUUCCCGGAGAUUCCU